AUGAAUUUUUUAAUCAUAUUAAGUAUCUUAAACCUUUUGCCCUUGUCAUUUGGGUUAUUUAUAAAAGAGGGAUAUUCAGAGAGCCGUAGCAAUGUAUUUGGAGAUCAUUGCAAAGGAUUGAAUGUGCACUUUCUAAUAAGUUCAGAAAAAUUCUAUGAUUCAUCAUAUGCCGCUAAAUUGUAUUAUAUCCUUGCAAGAGUUGCAAACUCUAUGACUGGUUUUAAUCCAAGUUAUUUUUCAAUUUCUUUUUUUGAUGAGAAAAUUUUGUAUACUAAUAGUAAAAAAAUGUACACAAUUAACUUGCCUAAAUUCAAGGAAAUGUUUCAGAGUAAAUACAAGCUUUAUGCAAUUUCAAAAUCAAAGCAUGCAGAUUUAUUUACAUCAUUAAAAGAGUAUUAUGAAAAAAAUAUAUUAGGCAAUCCAAAUAUGAAAAAAGCCCCCAAUAUUAUAGUUAUUUCUAAGAAUCUUGGAUAUAUGGGCUCUUCAGAAUAUCCAGAUGAAUUAAUAAAUUACAUCAGAGAAAUUAGAAGUAGGGAUUUGGGAGUUUUUUUCUAUUCUGAUGAUUCACUUGCUUCGAAAGAUGUGGCUUAUCGUAUUUCAGAAAUGAGUUAUAGUAGUGAGUCAGAUACUCCUUUUGCAUAUUUUAUUAAUAAUGAAUAUGAUUUUAAAACUCGAAUGAGUCUAAGGAAAUUCUGUUAUAGUGUAAAAUAUGGUGCAACUUGUGCAAGGUAUAAUGAUUGGUCUGAAUGGAGUGGACCUUGUGAAUUUAGGAAAAGACAAAGAACUAUUCCAUCAAAUAUUACCAUAACUGAUUAUAUCGAUAAUAAGGUUAAUUAUAUUCCUCAUUGUAAAAAUCUCUUUAAUUAUAAUUUAAUAAUAAAAGAGGAUUAUAAAGAUGAAUGUAAAAGUGAUAUAUAUGAAUGCAGAGGAAUUUGUGAUAAUGGAUACAAAUUUAAACCGUAUUCUUCGUAUUUUGAAAUAUUAGAAAAAUAUGAUACCUGUACAGAUUUACCAGUUUGUACAAGUGUGCAAAGGAGAAAAGGGUAUGAUCGAAUAUAUGAUGAUCUAUCAUUGACACUCUCAGAAAACGCAAAAUAUUUCCGUCAAUUAGAAGUGAAAGAACGUAACAUAAUUGACGAAAGAAAGUGGGGAGAAGAUGAAAACACUUCUUAUGCACGAAAGAUACAUGAAUCAGAAAUUCAAUUGGAAAAUAAAUCGAGAAAAAUGAUAGAAAGACAACACCUUCUCGUUAAAAAUCAUAAGCGCUUGCUUGAACACAUAAAAAUGGGGGAUGAUAUAGGCGUAAUAGAUGAAUUUGGAAAUUUUACCCUUCAAAAGAAUCCGAGUACAGGUCAAGUGGUUGAAUCUGUAAAUGCAAAUAGUAAGAAAAAUGCAGGUGACAAUAAUCAAAGAAGAGGAGACACUAAUAUUGGUGCUAUAAAUGAGAGAAGGGAUAGUAAAACAAAUACAAAGAAUAUAAGUGGUAGUGAAAAUUCUAAAGACAGAAAAAUACUUGACGGAAAUAUUGGAAAUGGGGAGAAGCAAAGUGAGAAUGAAUCUGUUGAAAAGGUAUCUGUCAGUGAUGAAGGCUUUGUAAAUGGAGAGAAAAAAAGUGAAACUAAAAAUUCUGAACAGUUAUCUGUCAGUGAUGAAGGCUUUGUAAAUGGAGAGAAAAAAAGUGAGACUAAAAAUUCUGAAAAGGUAGUUGUAGGUGAUGAAGGCUUUGUAAAUGGAGAGAAAAAAAGUGAGACUGAAUCUGUUGAAAAGGUAUCUAUCAGUGAUGAAAACAUUAUAAAUGGGGAGAAACAGAGUGAGACUGAAUCUGUUGAAAAGGUAUCUGUCAGUGAUGAAAACAUUAUAAAUGGAGAGAAACAGAGUGAGACUGAAUCUGUUGAAAAGGUAUCUGUCAGUGAUGAAAGCAUUGUAAAUGGAGAGAAACAGAGUGAGACUGAAUCUGUUGAAAAGGUAUCUGUCAGUGAUGAAGGCUUUGUAAAUGGAGAGAAACAGAGUGAGACUGAAAAUGCUGAAAAGGUAUCUGUCAGUGAUGAAAACAUUAUAAAUGGGGAGAAACAGAGUGAGACUGAAUCUGUUGAAAAGGUAUCUGUCAGUGAUGAAAACAUUAUAAAUGGGGAGAAACAGAGUGAGACUGAAUCUGUUGAAAAGGUAUCUGUCAGUGAUGAAAACAUUAUAAAUGGAGAGAAACAGAGUGAGACUGAAUCUGUUGAAAAGUUAUCUGUCAGUGAUGAAGGCUUUGUAAAUGGAGAGAAAAAAAGUGAAACUAAAAAUUCUGAACAGUUAUCUGUCAGUGAUGAAGGCUUUGUAAAUGGAGAGAAAAAAAGUGAGACUGAAAAUGCUGAAAAGGUAUCUGUCAGUGAUGAAAGCGAUAGAGACAAUAAUAACCAAAUAAUUGAAUCCAUUCGCGUGGACGAUAAAAAUAAUCAUGGAACAGGAGAAAAUGAAAAAGAAAAAAGAGAGAAAAAAAUUGUCCACAGUAAUGAUUUUGAUGAAACAGUUGAAAUAGCAGUGCCAAAUACCACUGACACAAUAGAUAAAGAUGAAACUGAAGAAAAUGAUUCUAACAGUUUACCAGAUGGGGGAAAUAUGAGCAAUGUGACAAGUGGAGAUUCUUCAAAUAAUCAAAUAAUAAACUCAGAAGUUAGCAAUAGCAAAAAUUUUCCAAUUGACAAUAGGAAGGAACAUAAUGAAUAUACAACUGAUUCUGUUGUUUCUACAAAUGUUGGUGAUACUACAAACACAGGAGAAGGUAUCGUAGAUUCAUCACAAGAACAUUCUACAGGUAAUCAUAAUAAAUUACCUGUUUAUGAAAGUACAAAUGAGGAUACAAACAACUUGGUCUAUAGACAGAAUUCAGAUUUGAACGAAGAUAAUAAUGUCUCAAAAAAGGAAAGUGAAAUUGUUAAUACUAGUAAAGAUGAUACAUAUAAAGGAAAUGACGUGAAUAAAGAGGUGCAUGAAACAGAAGCUGUGCAUGAAGAUGCGCUAAGGGAAGAAAUAGAUAAACAAGAUACAAGUGAAGACAGCAUUAAAGUCCAAGAAAGUAAAAACAAAUAUGGGAAUAAAGACAAAGGUGUCAUUCAUGAAAUUACAGUAGGAAUUAAUCAAAUAGGACGAGCGUCGGAGAUGGAUAAAAAGGAAGGAAGUGUAGAAGGAGAAGAUAAAAUAAAGAGCAAUACGAAAAAAGAAGAUGCAAAUGGUGAGGAAUCAAUAGAGGGACAGAUACAACAUGAAGCAACUAAACAUGUAAGCGUGAAUGAAGAAGAGGUAAGUCAAGGACAUGAAGGAAAACAUGUAAUUUUGAACAAAAAAAAAUUACGAGGAAAAAAUAUAAAUAAUCAGCACGUUUUAGAUGAUUCCAUAAAUCAACGUCCAUUCCCACAAGUAGAAAGUGAGAAAAUAUCAUCAAGUGAACAUGAAAUAGAGAAUAAUAACGGAAGAAAUGAACGCGUUAAUGAACCGAAUGAAGACCUACAUGAUACAAAUGAAAACAUAGCAGAAAACAAACAAUCUCAUGUAACACGUGAAAUGAAUAAGGACAAUUUAUAUCAGGAUGAGCAUUUGGUAGAAUCUACAAUUCUCGAUGAAACAAAAACACAUCAACAUCACACUACUAGUGAUAAUAUGAAUGGUGAAAAUAAAAGAACAAAUGAAAACAUAAAUGGGAAUAAUUUAGAAGAUGUAAAAGAUAGCAUAGAUCCUUUGAAUAUUGCACAGCAACACCAACACCAGCAUCAAUUUGAAGAUAAAGAUAAAGAAGAGAAUAAAAAUGAUCACACAAAAGACACAAAUUCUGAUAAUGAAUCAGGGAAUCAUAUGAUUACAGAUGGUGAACAAACAGGUGAUAAAUACAUGAAAGAAACAAAGGAAACAUCAAGAAAAUCAGUUAAUGAACAUAAAAAUUUGGAAGAAGGAAAUACAAAAAAACAUUAUAUGCAUGUUCGUACAGGGAACGAGCAAUUAAUAGCUGAAAAUAAUGAACAAAAGCAUAAAAUUCAAGAUGAGAAUAAAGGAGAAAUAAUAUUAGGUGAUGAUAUUAACAAUGUUCAGGUAUCUGAUAAAAACAUAGAAACAAAUAAAACAUUUCAUAAAAAUAUAAGAAAACAUUUAGGAUCAAAUGAUAUGGACAGUAUUCACGAAACAGAUAGAAAGAGUGAAGAAAAAAUAGUUCAAGAUGAUAAUACGGGUUAUAAUAUAGAAAAUAAUACUGGUGAUAAUACGGGUUAUAAUGUAGAAAAUAAUUCUGGUGAUAAUACGGGUAAUAAUUCUGAUGAUAAUACGGGUAAUAAUUCUGGUGAUAAUACGGGUGAUAAUUCUGGUGAUAAUACGGGUGAUAAUACGGGUGAUAAUACAUAUGAUAAUACGGAUGGUCCUACCGAAUUAGAAGAAGUGCUGAGGGAAAACAGCAUAAUCAAUAAAAACUUUGCAGAACAUAAAGACUCACAUAAUAUUAAAAGAGGAGAUGAUAUAUCAAUAGAAAAUGUGAAGGAAGAUCAAAUAAGGAGUGAACAUAUUCAAGGAAAAGACAUAUUGUCUGGUAAGCAUAAAGCACAAAAUCAAGCACAAGAAGAAAUGGGGAAGAAAAAUAAAAUCCCUAAUGGUCAUAUACAACAAGAAAUAUCGUCAGAUAAUAUUCUAAAGAAAUACCAAAUACAAGAAGGGGAGGUAAAAGCAGACAUAACACAACAUCAAACACGUACCCAUAAAACAGAAUCAGAGGAUGCUAUAAAAAAUGAUCAUUUUUCAGAUGUAUCUAAGAGGAAAAAUGAACCAGUUAAUGAAAGUGAUCGAACACAUAGAAUACCAGAUAAUACAAUGAAUGGACAUUAUAAAGCAGAUGAAAUAAUUGAAAAGCAUACAUACUUUGGUGAUAGAAAAAAUCCAGUAGAAGGGGAAAGUGAAUAUGAACGAAAAAUCGUGCGUGAAGACCCCAAUUUAGGUGAAGUUACGGGUGAACAUAAAUCUAUGUACGAAGGUAAAUAUGUGGAUCAACACAAAAAUAAUAUACGUGAGCAUAUAAAUAUGGGUAUACAUAAAACGAAUAGUGAAGAUGAGAAUGUAGAUGUUAUCACAGGUGAACAUAAUGAUGUGGUUAAGCAUGAAUAUAUUGGUGGGAUUACAGAUGUGGAUGAGCAUAAAGUUAUUGGUGAAGAUGUAGAUGUAGUUACCGGUGAACAUAAAGACGUGGGAGAAAGCAAAGGAAAGCAUGUAGAUGUAAUUGAACCAAUAGUAAAUGGUGAAGAUGCAUAUGCAGUUACAGGGAGAAGCAAGGGUGAGUAUGCAGAUGUAACUGAACCAAUAAUAAAUGGUGAAGUUACAGUUGAACAUAAAGUCAUAGGAGAAAGCACGGGUGAGCAUGCAGGUGUAGAUGCAGCUACAGGUGAACAUAAUGAUGUAGGAGAAAGCAAGAGUGAGCAUGCAGGUGUAGAUUCAGCUACAGGUGAACAUAAAGAUGUAGGAGAAAGCAAGAGUGAGCAUGCAGAUGUAGUUACAGUUGAACAUAAAGUCAUAGGAGAAAGCACGGGUGAGCAUGCAGGUGUAGAUGCAGCUACAGGUGAACAUAAAGAUGUAGGAGAAAGCAAGAGUGAGCAUGCAGGUGUAGAUGCAGCUACAGGUGAACAUAAAGAUGUAGGAGAAAGCAAGCGUGAGCAUGCAGACGUAGAUGAAGCUACAGGUGAAUAUAAAGUUACAGGAGGAAGCAAGGAUGAUCAUGCAGAUGCAGUUACAGGUGAACAAAAAGAAAUAAGAAUAACUAAGGGUGAGCAUGCAGAUGUAAUUGAACCAAUAGUAAAGGGUGAAGUUGCAGAUGUAAAUGCAAUUUCAGGAAAACAUAAAGUUAUAGAGGGAACAAAGGGUGAGCAUGCAGAUGUAGAUAUAGUUUCAGGUAUACAUAAAACUAUAGUGGAAAAUAUGGAUAUGGGAAAGCAUAAUAAAGAUGUUGGUGAGCCAAGAAUAAACGUUGAAGGUAUAGAUGUAGAUGGAGUUACAAGUGAAUACAAGUCUACUGACAGAGGUAGGAGUGUAGAUGAACAUAAAGAUGUAAUUACGAGUACUGAUGCUGGACAGCAUAGAGCCGUGAAUGAAAUUGAACACAAAGAUAUUCGUGAAGGAAUCAUAGGAGGGGAAAAUAAUGACGAAUAUAAAGACGAAAGAGUGGACGAACGUACAGGCGAAUACAAUAGUUUUGAUGAAGGUGAAAAUAUACAAGGGCGUACUAAAGAGAAUGAUCCGAUAAAUAUUAGAGCUAACGAUGUUAUUAAUGAGGAACGUGAAAAAGAAAAUACAACGGAAAGGAUACACGACAGUAAAACAAUGGAAGAAUCCGAAAAUACUGGAAUAAAUAAGAAAAUUCAUGAAGAUAAUGAUAACACCUUUAAUAAAACAGUAAAAAUCGAAGACAAGAAGAGAGAAAUGGUAGAAGAUAAUGCACAUUCAACAAAUAAUGAAGAAAAAAUGGAAGAAAAAUAUAAAAAGAAUUUAGAUUACACAAUAGGCGAUGUGAGAAAUAUGCACGUAUCAACUGAUAAACAAACUGUAAUGAAUAAUGAAAGAGAAAAAUCUGAUGAAAUGAAAGAACAGUUAUCCAAAAAUAAAGAAAUGGAAGGGGAAACGGAGAUAAAAGAAGCAGAAGAAGAUAUACGAAGCAUGAAAAAUGUAGAUAAUACAAAGGGUGAAGAUUCCAGUAAAAUCAAUGAAGAUUUAGAUACCAUACAUACAAAAGAUAAAAUAAGCUUAUUGCCCGAAGAUAAAUCAAAUAAUAUAGUAUCAGAAAAUGAGAACAUAGAAAGAACAAAUAUAAAUGAAAUUAUUGAUAGUGUAGUCAAUGCGUACAAUAGUAAAAAAAGUCAUAGUGAAAAACUGGAUGACGUUAAUGAAAAACUAGAAAUUCUUGGUGAUUUUGUAGAAAAUAACAAAAACAUGCAAGGUGAUAAAGAUAAGAAUCCAUAUAAAUAUUACUCGAACACAAAAAGUGUUCAUAAGAUAUACUAUAAAAAAUCCCCCAAUGGAAAAUUAGAAAAGGAUAAAUAUAUUAUUGUUGGUAAGAAUAAUUUUAUCAUAGAUUCAGAUGAUAUGAAAAAUCCUUUUCCCAAAAAUAUGUCUAACAAGGUUAAUGAGCUCCUAGAUGAACAUAUUCAAAAGGAUAUGAUAAAUACAUUAGAAGAAAAUGAAAAAGAGAAUACACAGGAAAUCGAAAAAGAAAUCAGAUCUGAGAACGAAGAAAAAAGCGAAAAUGAAAGUAGUGAAAGUGAAUCCUAUCACACAAAAACAUUCAAAUAUGCAAGUAUAACACUUUUUGCUGGUGUAGUUGUAGUUUUAACAUCUAUGUUUAUCUUGAAAAAGAUACAAGGUUUAAAUCAACCCGAAAAAGAUAGUCUUGAUAAUGUCGAAUAUCAGUUUACUGAGAAAAAUGCUGUUCAAGAAUAUAAGGGACGGGAAGUAUCCUGUAGUCCAAGUGGAUAUAUAGAAGAAGGUUGGUCGUAG